CUGGGAAUCGCGGGCCUCGGCGCCUUCGGCUCCACCUUUGCCCACCUGUUCAAGCGCCAUCCGCUGGUCGACCGGAUCGCCCUGUGCGAUCGGGAGUCCGAACGCGUCAAGCGGUUCGCCUGCGACCCGUCGUUCCAGGACAAAUUCACUGCCACCGACGCCUACGACUCCCUGGAGGAACUGUGCGCGUCGGACCUUGACGCGGUGGCGAUCAUCACGCAGCCGUGGCUGCACGCGCCGCAGGCGCUUGCGGCACUGGAGGCCGGCAAGCACGUGUACAGCGCCGUGCCGAUCAUCACGGUCCCGGACGGAGACGAAAUUCUCGACUGGUGCGACCGUCUGGUCCGGGCGGUGGAGCGAACCGGGCUCCACUAUAUGCUCGGUGAGACCACGUUCUAUCGGCCGGAGGCGAUGUACUGCCGGCGGCGGAGCGCCGAGGGCGCGUUCGGGAGGUUCGUCUAUGCCGAGGGCGAGUACUUCCACGACGUGGAAGAUCCGCACAGCAACCUGCGCGAGGUGAAGCGCCGCCGGCUGGCCAGCAAGGCAGGUGCCGAGUGGCGGCGGCUGGAGGCGGAGUACCACGGUCGCGGCAUGGUUUCCGGCCCCAUGCACUACCCGACCCACUCGACUUGUGGGCCGAUUUCGGCCAUGGGCGCGCACAUGGUCCAGGUGAGCUGCCUGGGGUACACGGACCCGGAAGGUGAUCCGUUCUAUGGAGGCGAGUUCAGCAACGAGACCGCGCAGUUUCGGAUGUCCAACGGCGCCGUCUGCCGCAUCUGCGAUUCCGCCAGGUCGGCACCGCGAGACGAGACCUUCCGGAUCUUCGGCAGCCGCGGGAGCUACAAGGACAUGAACCUGGGUCGACUGGAGCGGGCCGUCCCGGUGACGGUCGACGAGAUGCGCGAUCCGCUCCCCGACGAGGGGUCGUGCAGGCGUACCGCGAAGGCACGGCAUCCGACGUCUACGGCGGCCACGCGGGUCGCAUGGAUAUCUGGUCAACGAGUCGUGGACGCGGUGGCGCACGACCGCAUCCUGCGAUCAACAUCUGGGAGGCGGUGCGCUACAUGGCUCCCGGGGUGA